AUGGAUCGUCGAUUUGAUCAUAUUCUCGAAAUCUGUCGAAAAAUUUCAAGAUGUCCAGGUGUUCACUCUGUUAUUGCUAUGCAAGCAGCUGGAUUUGUAUAUACAAACGUUGGUGAUACAGUUCGGUGCGAUGACUGUCAACUAGAAGUGUCCGAUUGGACAAAUACCAUGGUUCCUUUUACUAUUCAUGCGGAACGCAGUCCAAACUGUGCAUUCAUUCGCUCGGUACGACAGUCCAAUGAAGUUGUCCCUUUAUCAUUGUUUACUUCACCAAUCACUAGUCUAAGUGGAAUCAAUAUAGAAUCAACCGAUGAGCACAUUUCCGAAAAUCAACAGCUCGACGAAACCGAAGUAGAACUUGAUCCUCUUAAGUUUGCAAAUUCAGAAGCAGUCGAACAAAGUCGUCGUCAAACUUUUUUAGGAGGGGCUCCUGAAUGCCCAUCGUGUCUAGAACGGAUGAUCAAAGCCGGCUUCUUCAGUUGUAAUAUUGAUGAUCGGGUCAUUUGUCUUUACUGUAACCUCAUUUGUCAUCAAUGGGUACCGCAUAGCGAUGAUCCAUGUGAGGUACAUCAAACACUCUCACCCACAUGUCCUUUUGUGAAAAACAUGCUAAUACGCCAUCAAGCUGCAUCUACAUUAAUUAUUAAUAAUAAUUCAAUGGCCAAUCGCACAGCGGAUGCAGCUAGUACAAAUACAUAUUGUUCAAAUGAAAUAGUACCAAUACUGCCUCUUAAUACAGCCUACGCAGAUAUUCCAAAACGUGUCGCAUCAUUUGCCACUUGGUCGAAUGGGGCUCUGCCCACUGUUGAUGAGUUCGUUCGCGCAGGGUUCUUUUAUACUCGUACUGGUUCAAUUGUUUCCUGUUUUUACUGUCAUGGAAGGUUAAAUAAUUGGAAUGACAGUCACAAUCCAAUGAUUGAACAUGCCAGAUGGUUUCCGCACUGUGCGUACGCUAAACAGCUCUGUGGAGAUACUCUUCAUCGAACAAUACAGGAAUCGACACGAGAUACACAAAGAUCCAGACGAGCCAGUAAUUCAAUAAGAAAUAAUACUAUUGAUGGUCAAAAGUUAGACAUACCUGAUGAAAAGACACUAUCACAUCUGGUAACUCUUCGCCUGAACUGGCCCAUGUCUAAAAAAUUGCUUGCUCAAAAAUUUCAUGUUUCAAUUAUCAAGCUUUGUUGGGAGAAUCAACUGCGAUUAAAACAGCUUGACUUUAAAUCUGAAUCCGAUUUACUCGUGGCUUGUAUUAUUCUUCAAAGACAAAGAAUUCAUAUCGAUAAAAGAAAAGAGCAUAUUAUUAUUCCUGCUGAGCGAAUGAAUCAAAUUCAUAAAAGACAACAACAAUUAGGAGUCCAUGCUGCUGUAUUACCAAUACCGACCCAAGUGACAGCACCGCCAACAAAUGCGUUUAAUACUACUGAUAUUGGAACGGGUGUAUCACCGGAAUCAUCGACAGAUCAAGCCAUUCCAAGAGAAUUAACGCCAGCAACUCUGUGUAUGGUCUGCAUAAGUGAAGAAAGAUGUCUCGCUUUUAUUCCGUGUGGUCAUAUGGGUACUUGUCUUGCAUGCCGUCAUUCACUUAGUUCAUGCCGUAUAUGUGGACAAAACAUCGAAGCAUUUGUUCGUAUAUACGUUUCAUGA